GCCUCGCUGGGCAACUCCAUUAAAAAGCCAGAGAACACACUAAAAACCCUAAUUUCUCUUCGACUAAAACCUACGAGACCCAGCCACGACCCACCUCCUCUUCCUCAUCCUCUCCACGCUCUAUUUUCUCUAAUUUUGCAGGAAUAAAAAUGUCAGGUGAGGAGGGUGCUGUUGCCGUUGAGACUCCGGCUCAGCCACUCGGCGAAGCCAUGGACUUGAUGACUGCAUUGCAGCUAGUCCUCAGAAAAUCUCUGGCUCAUGGUGGGCUAGUGCGAGGUCUUCAUGAAGGUGCAAAAGUGAUUGAGAAACAUGCUGCCCAGCUCUGUGUAUUGGCUGAGGACUGCAACCAGCCUGACUAUGUUAAGCUUGUGAAAGGGCUUUGUGCUGACCAUGGUGUUGGCCUCUUAACAGUUCCCAGUGCCAAGACUCUUGGCGAGUGGGUUGGAUUGUGCAAGAUUGAUUCUGAGGGCAAGGCCAGGAAGGUAGUUGGUUGUUCUUGCGCUGUAGUUCAGGAUUACGGUGAAGAGAGUGAAGGUCUUAAUGUUGUCCAGCAACAUGUUAAGUCUCACUGAGUAGCAGUGGGUCUGUUUCAUUGGGCUGAAUUAAAAGUUUAUACGUAGAGACCUUUUGUUGUUUUCUCAUACCCUCAUCUUUUGGGGUUUUUGAGUGUUUGCUGGCUGCAGUUACUUGCAUGUGAGUUGUUUCUUACUACUGUGGGAGAACAUUUUUCUUGAUGUAUUACACGCGGAAUUAUAACCAUUUUGGGUUUGAAAUUAAGGCCAUGGUUGAUUGUUUA